AUGGCAGCUGGUGGCGAGGAUCUAUGGCGCGAGUGCGCGGGUUGGCUUACUAGAUGUGGAUUAUUACGGCCUGACCAUAAGGCGAAUUGGGAUACAAGCACUAUACAUGAUUUGGCUUAUACCUUGCGUGAUGGUGUCUUGCUAUGUAACCUUCUGAAUGUCCUGCACUCUGGCUGUAUAGACAUGAAGGACGUUAACCAGCGCCCCCAGAUGGCCCAGUUCCUGUGCAUGAGAAACAUAAAAGUAUUCCUAAGGACAUGCCACGAAGUUUUUGAAUUGCGUGAGACGGAUCUAUUUGACCCAUCCAUGCUAUUUGAUCUCUCAAACUUCCACCGAGUACUCUGCACUCUUGCCAAACUCAGUCAGUGUCCAAAGGCCUUGGCUAAAAGUGUAAAACCAUUCUCGGCAAACAGAACACUAUCAGAAGAGGAUAUUUAUAAAGAUCUACAAUCUGUUGCGAACCAAUCCCUGGAUAUACCGCCCUCGUACGAGACGGUUCAGCCGCCGGCUUCGGAGGUGCCCUGGGUACAAUUCACCAUACCCAGCAGUAAUUGUGAAGAGAGGGUUGAGGAGAUAUAUGAGGAUCUUUGUUAUGUCAAGUUGAACUCGGAAGUACCUGAGCUAGCGUCGUCCUCGCACAGUUUAGAGAAACGGGAUUAUGUUAUACGCGAGUUGGUUGAUACUGAGUGCAAUUAUGUGGACGUGUUGAGCAAAAUAAUUAAGUAUUUCCUGAGACCACUUAUGCCGUACUUGAAGCCGCAAGAUAUGCAAGUGAUAUUCUUCGGUGUUAAGGAUCUACACGAAAUUCACACAGGACUUCUCCGUCAACUACGUUUGGCCACGGAAAUGUGUGUGCCAGGCAGUGGUACGCCGAGGCUAGCUGAUGUUUUUCUUGCGUGGCGGGAAAAGUUGCUGCUGUAUGGGGAUUAUUGUUCGAAUCUCACAACGGCGCAGGAUACCCUCAAAACGCUGGAUUCCAGGGACGGGACGUUUAGUAAACAACUUGCAAAAUGUCAAAAAGAGCACAGCGACGGUCGUAUACAGUUACGAGAUAUACUGUCAGUGCCGAUGCAGAGGAUACUCAAGUACCAUCUGCUUUUGGACAAACUUGUGCAGGAGACACAGCCGAAUCACGAAGAAUUCCGUGGACUAGAACGAGCGAAGGAAGCAAUGGUAGACGUUGCACAAUACAUCAACGAGGUGAAGAGAGAUAGUGAAGUGCUUGCUUUGUUGGCUAAAGUUCAGGAGAGUAUAAUAGACUGGGACGGAGCGGAGCUAGGGGCGGGUGGAGCGUUACUAGCGGCGUACGGACGCUUAUUAUUAGACGGAGAACUCAAGGUCAAGGCACACGAAGACCAGAAGCAGCGACUGCGAUAUGUCUUUGUGUUCGAUAAGCUUAUGCUCCUGUGUAAGCCAGUUAAGGAAAAUCAAUACUCAUACCGCGUAGGUAUACGAUUAGCCGAAUACCGUGUUGAGGAAGGCUGUGGAAGAAGAACAUUACGGACUGAUUCGAGAUGGGCCUCCCAGUUCUAUCUUGUACGUCGGACAAAGGAAACGACGUUUACAUUAUACGCUAGAACGGAUGAAUGUCGACGGAAAUGGCUAAAGACGAUACAGGAUGCCAUUGACAACUUAGAACCUCCGGGGUGUCGAAAUACAAAUCACAAGUUUGUCCUUCACACAUUUGAAAAACCAGCCACUUGUCACCAUUGCUCCAAGUUUCUCAAGGGCCGAAUAUUUCAGGGCUACCAGUGUUCCGUAUGCAGCGCAUGCGCACACAAGGACUGUAUCGCGUUAUCUGGGCGAUGCGGCGGAGGCCUGUCGGUGGCGCCACCUCUGCCGCCGCACAGCCAACAGCCAGAUCACGCCUUGCAUUAUUACAUGUGGUACGUGGGCGAAAUGGGUAGAGAGACAGCCACUGACCGCCUGGAGCGCCGCGUGGACGGGACCUUUCUGCUUCGAGUCAGGCCUAGGGCACCGCCACACCCUUCCAACGACACGCAUUAUGCCCUUUCACUCAAGGCUGACAACACAGUGAAACACAUGCGCGUCUGUCGGAAGCCAAUAGACCAGGUACCACACUACUUCCUCUCCGAAUCCAGAUUCUUCCGGAGCGUUGUUGAACUCGUCACUUAUUAUGAAAGGGUCAGUCUCGCUGAGAACUUCGUAGGAUUAGAUUCUAGUCUGAAAUGGCCCUUCCGUCGGGUUGUCGCCACAGUUAUCCACGACUUCCGUCCCUUGGAGUCGAGUCAACUGUCACUGCGGCCCGGGGCCAAGGUUCUGGUUCUGAGUAAAGAGGGAGACAGCCGCGGAUGGUGGAAAGGACGGAUACUAGACAAGGGUGACAACCGUUCAGGCUACUUCCCAAAAGACUGCGUGCUAGAGGAGCCCGAGUGUAUAGGCGCACUUGACUGA